AUGUCCGGCCUCGAAGGACUGAGUCUCGCCUGCAACGUCAUGCAGCUUAUCGACUUCAGUCAGCAGACCGUCUCCAUGUGCCGCACCAUAUACGAGAGCGGUAAAUUCGAACCUGGACUCGAAGCACAGGCGAGCUCUUUGCAAGAUGCCUCGUCGGAGGUAAUGACCCUGCUUCGGAGCAAAAAGGUCGCUACGGCAAAAACCACGGGCGCGGAACGGCGCCUGUUGGAUCUCGCACCCAAAUGCAUCCAACACGCGAAGGAUCUCCAGGAAGAGAUUGCGUACCUCACGCCUCGUCAGCCGGGUAGAAUGCAAGCGCUGAUUGCAACCUCAAAGGCCGUUUGGCGGAAGCGCCGUCUGGAACGGCUCAAGGCCAACCUCGCCGAUGGGCAGAAGCUCAUGGAGACAUUGAUCUUGGUCAGAAUAUUCGCAAGAGUGGAAAAGAUGUGCGAGGACGAUCCGACUUCCUUGGCGCGUAUAGAUCAGCGCCUUACAGCUUUCAUUUCGAGAUACUCCGAGGACCACGCUGCCCUUCGAAGGAUCGUGCGGGACGAAUCUGAGGAUAUUCGAGGUCACGUCACCGGAGAAGCGUCCAAAAUCCGGGAUUCUGUUUCACUACACGUCACAGCCAGCCUCAAUGUCUCGGAAAGAUCGAUCAAGCAAAUGGUAUCAACAUCAAGCGUCACCAUCCAGGACAAUUUGGUUCGGGAACUGGAGACGAUCAACAUUGCCGCAAGCAGCGAACGGGAUUACCAACACCUACUUGAGAGCUUGAAGUAUACCGAUAUGAAUGAGCGGAAGAACAGCGUUAGGACAGCACAUUCGCAGACAUUUGAGUGGAUAUUCAAAGAUAAUCCUCGGCGAAUCGACAAGUACUCAGUCGCAGGAAACCAAUCAGAUGUGAUCGAAAUCGCAGGCGUCGACUUCAACGUCAAAGACAACGUUGAGGAGAAUGGCAGUAACGAAGCCACCAAUGUGGCUUCUGAAAAUGGCACCCAAUCAGACGUUGAAGGGAGAGAUAGGAGUAGUGAAGCCUCUUCACAUGACUGCACCCAGGCCCCUCUGUGGGACAACUUCGUUGAAUGGCUUCGGGGAACCGACCGCAAUUUGUACUGGGUCAGUGGAAAGCCCGGGUCCGGUAAAAGCACCUUGAUGAAGUUCAUUGAAACAAGCGAAGAUGCUCUCAAAAUCAUGGCAGAAAAGCAUUCAAACCCCCGGGUUCUCUCCCACUUCGUAUGGAAGCCGGGAAGACCUAUGCAAAGAAGCCUCAAGGGCGUUGUCUGCUCUCUACUUUAUCAAGUCUUGGAAGCGGACAGACGGUCCUGCGUCAGGUUACUAGUCAGCUUCCCGCGGCUCUGCUUCAAAGGCUCCGACACCGAUUGGACGUAUGAGGAGUUAAAGUCAGUUCUGCUCAGCCUCCUCCAGAAUUGCUCGCAGAGGUAUCUCAUUCUAUUGGAUGGCCUUGACGAGAUGGACUUUGCUGUUGACGGCGAAGCCAUCUUGUUACAUCUUUUUGAUGAGCUACUUACGAAUCAACAUGUCAAGCUCUGCGUAUCAAGUCGACCCGAGCCUGUGUUUCAGAGGUAUCUGAGUAAACAUCCCAUGCUCAUGAUGCAAGAUCUAAACAUACUUGAUAUUCGAAAGUACGCGGAAGACACCUUGCGGACGUUGAAAGUUGAAUCAACUGACUUACUCGAUCGGCUUUCUUGGGAAGUUGUCUUGCGUUCAGAAGGUGUCUUUCUUUGGGUGGUCCUUGUACUAGCGAGCGUCAAAAGGGGACUCGGCAAUGGCGAUACUUUGGACAUCAUCUACAGUCGCAUAAGAUCCCUCCCGAGAGAUCUCAAGUUGCUAUACCUGGACAUGUGGUCUCGUUCCAAUGGGGACAGCAUCUACUACAAGCAGGAGGCAAUACUGUACUUUCAGCUUGUCAUGGAGACUGAUGGUUAUCUCAAGUGGUCCAUUUGCAGCCUUCUUCAACUGGCAAUAGCGUCGAAUACGGCUUGGCUGGACAAUUUCGAAGCGCAAUCCAGUAUUCCAAGCAUCCAAGAAGUCAUGGCUCACUGUAGAAAUGUUUUUCAAAAAUUGUCCACGAGAUGUUUGGGCUUACUGCAAGUCCAAACCAUGGAUCUCCAAGAGCUUGUGGACUUCCAAGAUGAUGAUCCUGGCUUUUGGUCAAACACCAGUGUUGGAUUUACCCACCGUACAGCCAUCGAUUUUCUCGUUGAAGACGAGGACGGGAGAAAGAUCCUACAAGGCCACGCCCUCAAGCCAGACGAACUCGUCUCAAAACAAGCCAAGGCCAUCUUAUUGACAGCUUACUUCUUUAAGCCAGAAUAUCAGGCGGCAACAGAAGAGCUCAAUAUGCCACAUCCUUUCAAAAGAGCUUUGAACGUCUGCCACGGUGACAGUGAAGAGCUCUUCAAGGAGAUUAUGUUCCAGGUACCGGGGCAGGACUUUGCGAUUUAUAAGAGGCUCGUGGCCCAAGCUGAGUUCCUGCUGGACGGAGUCGAGGAUGUUGUAGACGGAUUGAAAGCUGCUGGCUACGAGUUCAGUGAGGUGGACACUACUUACGAGUGUUUUCAUGAGCAUGUCCUCUGGUAG